CUGGGUGCAGAGCCAGAGGAACGCCGGCGACCCCAGCAGCGCUGCGGAGGGUGCUGGCCAUUGCGGCCCCCGUGUCCAGGUGGGCCAGGACGCAGCCUCUGGGCGCCGUCGCUUUUCCAGCACCACCGAGGCAAAAGCGUGGCAGUAGGACCCAAAAGGUAGGACUGAGGCUCUAGAACUUGCACCUGUGCAGGGACUGCAAAUCAGACCUGGGAGGACCCUCUCAGCAGCCCCCACUCCCCCCUAUCCCAGCACUUCCCAGGACCCGCGGUUCUGGGAGACACUAGGAGCGGGAUCAAGGGGCGGGGCCGUUUCCGAGACAACCGCUUAUUUGCAUAGGGUCCCGUCCUGGCCAACGAGGGCGCCCCAAAUGUUCAGGACGUAGAAGAAAGGGUUAACUGGGCCGGGUCUCUUCCUCGCCUUCCAAGCCCGCUAGGCACCGGGGUUACCUACCCAUUUCCCAGAAGGGGAGACUGAGGCAGCCCAGCAGCCAAAGGAGGCAGCCAGACUGGGGCUGCGUUGUACCAUUUCAGAAGCGGCUUGAACUGGUCUAAGGUAUAAUCAUAAACACUAGCGGUGGAGGCAAGGGCGACCACAGGGCUGAGGUCAGGGCUAGGAUUCCGGUGUCUCUAUGUAGGUUGCUUGAAUGGGGGGCACCCUGGCAUGGACGCUGCUGUUGCCGCUGCUGCUGCAGGAGUCAGACAGCCAGGAACCGUCAUGCACCAUGCCCUCCACGGAUGUGGACUGGAACGCGGAGUUCAGUGCCACGUGCCUGAAUUUCAGUGGCCGUGGCCUGAGCCUGCCCCUCAACCAGUCUCUGCGGGCCAGCAACGUGCUUCUCCUUGACCUGUCUGGGAACGGCCUGCGAGAGCUUCCAGUGACCUUCUUUGCCCACCUGCAGAAGCUCGAGGUCCUGAACGUGCUACACAACCCGCUGUCCCGUGUGGAUGGGGCGCUGGCUGCCCGCUGUGACCUUGACCUGAGGGCUGACUGCAGCUGUGCCCUGGAGUCCUGGCACGAGGUCCGGCGAGACAACUGCUCUGGCCAGAAGCCUCUGCUCUGCUGGGACACAACCAGCUUCCAGCACAACCUCUCUGCCUUCCUGGAGGUCAGCUGCGCCCCCGGCCUGGCCCCUGCAACCAUUGGGGCAGUGGCAGUCAGCGGGUGCCUGCUUCUCGGACUUGCCAUCGCUGGCCCCGUGCUGGCCUGGAGACUCUGGCGAUGCCGAGUGGCCAGGAGCCGGGACCUGGACAAGCCCUCGCCCGCUCAGGAUAGGCCCAAGCCCAGUUUAGGCUUGCAACCACGGUAUGGCAGCCGGAGCACCCCCAAGCCCCAAGUGGUCACGCCACCCCGCCCCUCCACUCCCGACUAUGAGAACAUGUUUGUGGGCCAGCCAGCAGCCGAGCACCAGUGGGCUGAACAAGGGGCUCACCCUUCAGAGGACAAUGACUUUUACAUGAACUACAAGGACAUCGACCUGGCCUCCCAGCCUGUCUACUGUAACCUGCAGGCACUGGGCCAGGCCCCGAUGGAUGAAGAGGAGUACGUGAUCCCUGGGCGCAGAGCCUAAGAUGUCCCAACCUCCACCCAGACCCCCUUCAGUCCCUGCUGGGUGCCUCAGGGCAUCCUAACUCCUCCCGGGCCUCAUUUUCCCCAUCUGAAGAAUGGGGACAGGAAAGGAUCCUUGAGGCCCCAGGAAGCUCUGCCGCCCCCUCCCUGUCCCCUAUGCCGCUCCUCAGCCCGCUCGGCUCCUAGAGGGGGAAGAGGAGAGACCCCCAACAAGGGGACAGGAGGGUCACUGUGUGAAUCCUGUCGUCAUCCUCCUGUGGAUGCUCAGGCAGUGCUCAAUAAAUGCUUUGAGGCUGAUGAGGCUGCUGGCUCAGGGUGAGUGGGUUCCUCAAGGUGGGGAUUUCUGAGUUCUAAGAGCAAGUCUCCAUCUGAGACUCCCAAAUUGCUCCCCACCUCCCAUCCCUGUUUUGUUUUGGUUUUUGUUGUUGUUGUUGUUGUUUUGUUUGUUAGUUUGUUUUUGAGUCCGAGUCUCACUCUGUCACCCAGGCUGGAGUGCAGUAGUGCAAUCUCGGCUCACUGCAACCUCCGCCUCCCGGGUUCAAGUGAUACUCCUGCCUCAGCCUCCCAAGUAACUGGGAUUACAGGCACCUGCCACAAUGCCCAGCUAAUUUUUGUAUUUUUAAUAGAGACGGGGUUUUGCCAUGUUGGCUAGGCUGGUCUCGAACUCCUGACCUCAAGUGAUCUGCCCACCUCGGCCUCCCGAAGUGCUAGGAUUACAGGCGUGGCCACCGUGCCUGACCACAUUCCUCCCUUCUGCCCCUCUCAGGGCCCCUUCCCAGGUUCCUGAUCUCCAGGUUCGGCCCCCAGUGGAGCCCACACCACCCCCAAAAUAAAAAUGUAUAUAUAUUGCUUUAGCUCUAA